UCGGGCUGUGAAGCCGGAAGUGGAGCAGCCUGUCAGUGGCGGGCACUGCACACCCGGAAACGGGCUGACACCGGAGCCAUGAAACGGGACGUGAGGAUCCUCCUCCUGGGGGAGGCCCAGGUGGGGAAAACGUCCCUAAUUAUGGCUCUUGUGGGCGAGGAGUUUCCCGAUGAGGUCCCGGCAAGAGCAGAAGAGAUCACCAUACCAGCAGACGUUACCCCGGAACGCGUGCCCACCCACAUUGUAGAUUUCUCAGAGGUGGAACAGACAGAGGAUGAACUGCGAGAAGAAGUAGCUAAGGCAAAUGUUGUCUGCAUCGUGUAUGAUGUGUCUGAAUUAAAUACCAUCGAAAAGAUCUCAUCUAAGUGGAUUCCGCUUGUGAACGGCAAUGCAGAGAGGAAUUUUAGGCUACCUAUAAUCCUCGUGGGCAAUAAAUCCGACCUGCAGUGCGGCAGCUCCAUGGAAGCCAUCUUGCCCAUUAUGAACCAGUUCUCUGAGAUUGAAACCUGUGUUGAAUGUUCAGCUAAAAACCUCAAGAAUAUCUCUGAGGUCUUUUACUAUGCCCAGAAGGCUGUCCUGCAUCCCACUGCUCCUCUCUAUGACCCAGAGGAGAAGCAGCUCAGGCCGCGUUGCAGGAAGGCGCUGACUCGAAUCUUCACCAUCUCUGAUCAGGAUAAUAAUCAGAUAUUAAGUGACGCCGAACUCAACUACUUCCAGCAAUCCUGUUUUGGAAACCCAUUGGCACCCCAGGCCCUUGAAGACGUUAAGAUGGUUGUUAGGAAGAACACAGCAGAUGGCGUGAGGGAGAAUGGGCUGACACUAAAUGGUUUCCUCUUCCUCAAUACGCUGUUUAUCCAGCGUGGACGACACGAGACCACCUGGACAAUCCUCCGACGAUUUGGAUAUGAUGAUGCCUUAGAGCUGACAGAUGAUUACUUGUACCCUCCGCUGCGUGUCCCUCAUGAUUCAUCUACUGAAUUGAACCACUUUGGCUACCAGUUCCUGCAGAAGGUGUUUGAGAAGCACGACUUGGAUGGUGAUGGCGCACUCAGUCCAGCAGAGUUGCAGAGUUUUUUCAGCGUCUUCCCGUAUACGCCGUUUGGUCCGAAGUCCAGCACUGUGUGUAUGGCAAAGAAUGGCUUCCUGCCCUUGCAUGGCUACCUCUGCCAGUGGACGAUGGUGGCGUAUUUAGAGGUACAUCGAUGCUUGGAAUAUCUUGGUUACUUGGGAUACCCCAUCCUUUGCGAUCAAGAGAGCCAAACACAAGCAAUUACAGUCACCCGAGAGAAGAGGAUAGAUCUGGAAAAAGGACAAACACAGAGAAAUGUUUUUCUUUGUAAAGUCAUCGGCCCCCGGGGAACUGGUAAAUCAGCCUUCCUGCAAGCCUUCUUGGGGCAGACAUUAGAGGAACAGCGGAACGAAAGGGAGCCUUCAUUCUACUCUGUAAACACAGUGCUGGUCGGGGGACAAGAAAAAUACCUUAUUCUCUGUGAGGUAGAUGUGGACACAGAGUUUCUGAAGACCUCAGCUGCUGCAUGUGAUGUCGCCUGUCUAAUGUAUGAUGUCAGCGACCCAAAGUCCUUCAAUUACUGUGCCAGUAUAUACAAGCAACAUUAUAUGGAGAGUCAGACGCCCUGCCUGUUUGUGGGGUGUAAGUGGGACCUUGGGGAGGUUAAACAGCAGCACGGAAUCUCGCCAGCAGAAUUCUGCCACAAGCAUCGCUUGCCCCCGCCUUAUCACUUCUCCUGCCAAGGGAGCCUCGACAAAGCUAUCUACAACAAGCUCGCCACAGCUGCUGCCUUCCCCCACCUUCAUGACACUGAGCUCAGCACAGCUUCUUUCUGGCUAAGAGUGGCUCUGGGGGCCACAGUUGCGGCCGUCGUGGGAUUUACACUCUACAAAGCACUUCUACGGAGCAAGUAACUAGCAGCGGUCCCUCUAAACUGCUAAAAUCAGCCGGCCGGCUCAACGGCCUCCAGUGUUAAUCACUGUGACAAACGGAACCAAGUGCAUUUUAUAUCCGUAUCUCUGUUUGUCUCCAACUGCCUGCAUUUCAGGCACUGGGUUACUCAUGGAAUUAACAUAUACCAUUUUUACUCUCUUCCUAAAUGCCUAAGAAGCCUCUUAGUCCCACUUCCUUGGUAGGGAAAGAUGCUUUGGCAGGUGCAAUUUGUUUCCCCCCAUUUGCUUUUUAACCGUGUCUUUUGUCUUAACUCGUGUAUUCAUCAGUCUUUUAAAUGAAACAAUCCCACACAGACCAAAGUGAAAAGGAAGCAUUGGUCUUCCUGCCCAAUUUGGAUUUUAAUACACCUUGUCUUUGCCUUGAUUUCUCUCUGUCUUCACUAACCUGUCCCUUCCAGAGGAAUAUAGCUAACAAAUCAAUGCAAGCGUGAGAUUCCCAGCUCUGAGACUUUGAAGUCUUUAUUGAUGGUGGCCAUCAGUAAGUCCUAUCCUAGCCCAGUAACAUGCACAGAUUGGUUCUCAGCCUGGGGACAGAGCUGUACAUCAUCAAGUCCUACAUUUAUUUAUGAAUUAUUUUUGCCUAUUGAUUCUGUCUGAAAAUCUCUCAAACCACGCAAAAAUAUAUUUCAGAGUCAAAAACCUUGUGAUUACGUAAAGUCUUCCUACAUUAUCAUGUGAGUGGAACAGGGCGGAAUUUAUUGAAAUCAUUUUUCAGAUGAUGUUCAUUUGACUUUGAUAUUAUUAAGAGAUCUCGGGACUGAUUACUAGAGGGAUUCUUAACAUAGUCCUAACUCCCUACCGGUUUUGAUCAUGGGAUGAUCUUUAAAAGCAAUUUUAUGAGCGCGCUGGCAGGGCUGUUAAUUGAAAGGCACACAGUAUUUUCAUAUGAAGCAAGAGGUUUCAAAGCCUCAAAACUCAAUUAGAUUAAUCAAAAUGAUAAAAUCUCAGCUGCUGUUUUUCACAUUGAAAGGCAGCUGGAUCUGGAAUUCUAGUAUUUAUGGCUCUUUCUUAAGGUUUAAGAAUACUUUCAUCAUUUGUGAAUUGAUACAGAUUAUCCAGUUCAUAAAAUAAAACUGGGUGUUAUUCACAAAACUGGCAAUAGUGGUCAAUACGAUUGUAUGUUUUAGGCCAAAAAAAAGCAGUGUUGGAUUUUUUUUAUUUGCCUUAAAUUGUCAAUUUCCCUCAAAUCCCUGGCUUAGGGUUAGCUGGUCCCAGGAAGCAGAAUACACACACUAGGAAUGAUUGAUACAUCUGUGGGGUUCCCUCCCUAUACUCUGAACUAUAGGGAACUGAAUUUAAACAUUUAGGUAACAAUAGCUGAUUUAAAAAAAAAAUAUGCUCUGCCCCACGCUAUAGUCCGUUACUUUAGCCAAAAUGUGAAAUUCUGGUUUUAUUUCACUCCACUUUUGUAUCUAGCGAAUAAGGUCCCUUGUGUGUUGGAGCUUUCUCAGAUCACGUUCUGGAUGAAGGUCCAGGGGAGGGCAAGUUAAAUAUAUCGAUUUUUUUUUAAUACAUUAAGAUGAAAAUUCCUAACACAGAUUGGUAUUAUAAGGCUACAGCUAGAGCGAAGUAAUGCUGCAAAAUUGCAAAACUCUGAACUGGAAGUUUAAAUACCUCUUGUGCAUACGGCAAUGAAAUUACUUGACUUGGACCCUUUGUUGAUACUUUUUUGUAACCAGUUUGUCCGUCAACAAAUAAAAUAAUGUUUUGAUUUUUU